UCACUUCAGGGGAACUGGGCCUCGGUCCGGGAAGUUGGGGCGCGCUCUGCGCCCCGGCGGCUCCCGACAGUAGCAGCGCGCUGUGGGAUCUCCGCCACCAGCUCCGAGCCACGCCCGCAGCGCUGUCCUCCCGCCUAGCGCUUCCCCAGGCGACAAAACGACCCAAGGCUUCUGAGGAGGGCGCGGACGCCAGCGAGCUGCUCCCCACGCUCCACCCCAGCCCGGGAGCCUCCCCUCCAGCAGGAGCUGCGAGCUCAGGCGGCGCUUGGAUCCCUUGGCAGCUGCAGGUGCCCGCCCGCCCAGCCCAGUCCGGCGCUUGCUGCCGCUCCUGCGCCCGGGCAGCUUCCAGACCUCUUUUGCGUGAAGAUGAAUAGUUCUGCCGGGAUUAUGUAACUGGAGGGUCCAGAUCCCAGCAGAUGACCAUGGGAGCCAACACUUCAAGCAAACCCCCAGCGUUGGAUGAAAAUGAAGACGUCAACUUUGACCACUUCGAAAUUUUGCGAGCCAUUGGGAAAGGCAGUUUUGGGAAGGUCUGCAUCGUGCAGAAGAAUGAUACCAAGAAGAUGUACGCCAUGAAAUACAUGAACAAACAGAAGUGCGUGGAGCGCAAUGAAGUGAGAAACGUCUUCAAGGAACUCCAGAUCAUGCAGGGCCUGGAGCACCCUUUCCUGGUUAACCUGUGGUACUCAUUCCAAGAUGAGGAAGACAUGUUCAUGGUGGUGGACCUCCUGCUGGGCGGGGACCUGCGUUAUCACCUGCAACAAAACGUCCGCUUCCAGGAAGACACUGUGAAGCUCUUCAUCUGUGAGCUGGCCAUGGCCCUGGACUACCUGCAGAGCCAGCGCAUCAUUCACAGGGAUAUGAAGCCUGACAACAUUUUGCUUGAUGAACAUGGACAUGUGCACAUCACAGAUUUCAACAUCGCCGCGAUGCUGCCCAGGGAGACGAGCAUCACCACCGUGGCUGGCACCAAGCCUUACAUGGCACCUGAGAUGUUCAACUCCAGAAGAGAAGCGGGCUACUCCUUUGCCGUUGACUGGUGGUCCCUGGGAGUCACAGCAUAUGAGCUGCUGAGAGGCCGGAGACCAUAUCAUAUUCGCGCCAGUACUUCCAGCAAGGAAAUUGUUCACAUGUUUGAGACGGCUAUAGUGACUUAUCCUUCUGCCUGGUCACAGGAAAUGGUGUCACUUAUUAAAAAGCUUCUGGAACCUAAUCCUGACCAACGGUUUUCUCACUUGUCUGACGUUCAGAACUUCCCAUCUAUGAAUGAUAUGAACUGGGAUGCGGUUUUGCAGAAGAGGCUCAUGCCAGGUUUUAUUCCUAAUAAAGGUCGGCUGAAUUGCGACCCCACCUUUGAACUCGAGGAAAUGAUUUUGGAGUCCAAACCUCUUCACAAAAAAAAGAAGCGUCUGGCAAAGAAAGAGAAGGAGAUGAGGAAAUGUGAUUCCUCUCAGACAUGCCUUCUUCAAGAGCACCUUGAAUCUGUCCAAAAGGAGUUCAUAAUUUUCAACAGAGAAAAGUAAGUAGCUCCUGGAAGAACAGCAGCCCAGCAAAUGAUGUAGUGUCUCAGCCAGACUUUUCUUGCAAAGCCUUAAUAACAUUUUUUUAAAAACAUUUUUAUUCUAAUUACAGGAAUGAUGCAUAUUCAUAGUAGAACAUUUGGAAAGUUCAGAAACCUUUUUUGCUUGUAAGAAAUUUCAAAAA